AUGCAAGCCUGGGGCACUAUGGUGGUGACCCUGACCGUGCUGAUGGUUGCCACUGUGGAUACCAAGAUCUAUGAACGCUGCAACCUAGCAAUGAAGCUGGAGGACGCGGGCCUCAAUGGCUUCCUGGGCUACAGCGUUGGAGACUGGCUGUGCGUGGCACAUUAUGAGAGUGGCUUUGACACCUCCUUCGUGAACCACAAUCCUGACGGCAGCAGUGAAUAUGGCAUUUUCCAGCUGAACUCCGCCUGGUGGUGCGACAAUGGUGUUACACCCACCCAGAACCUCUGUCACAUAGAGUGUCAAGACCUCCUCAACCGUCAUAUUCUGGACGACAUCAUGUGUGCCAAGCAGGUGGUAUCCUCACGGAAGGGUAUGAAUGCCUGGGAUUCUUGGACCCAGCAUUGUUAUGGCCAUGAUUUAUCCGAAUGGCUCAAGGGGUGUAAUAUGCAUGCGAAACCUAACACAAAGAGAAUGACUUCAUGACUCAGCUUCCCAGAGAUAGAGAUUUUAUUUUCCUUUCUUCUGUGUAUUUAAUAAAAGAUGGUACCUAUA